AUGCCAUCAUACACAGGAAAGCGACGACGACGUAGUUCCACGCCUUGUAUUGAAGAGACGUCGUCGUCAGAAAACAGCUCAAAGUCAUCUACUUAUAAUAAUGCUGCUCCCACAGUUCUUGCACAUGCUGCCGAAGGUCCCAGUAAACUCGAGCAACACUGGCUGAAAAUUCAUGGAGACACAUAUUCAGUAAAGCAGAAGGAAAAUAAUGCAGGGCUUGUAGCUGCAACAAGUCCCCUGGUCUCACCUCGUACACCUACGCCGCCUCCGCCAACCAAAGACUCUCCAGUGCUGAGAUUGGGCUCCACAAGCACGCACACAUCUGACGGUGUGAUAUCAUACCAUGAUGGUGGUGGAUUUGGUCAGGGUUGUCCUGUGGAUAGAAAAGGGCGUUAUAAGUACAAUCGGCUUGAACGAUACCAGCAAAGUACCCCGAGUUUUUCGACACCCACUAAAUCCCGGGUAGAUGACACAGCGAGUGCUGAUAAACUUCCUACGCCUGGUGUGAACCUGGUCAAUUCUUUUAAUGCGGCAAACAAAGAGAACUCUGUGGUAAAUGUUGCCGAGACAACAGGAAAAAGUGAUGGAAAAGGCACCGUCCCUUUGAAGCGUCGCAUAGGUGAUCAAGAUACCAUUGACAAUGAGAUGGUCAAUAUUAUUCCCCCAUUGACUCCUGGGACCGGUCGUGGGGCGCGUCAAUUCCUCGUAUCACAAAUGGAGCUCUCACCGCUUAACCCAGGGAAAAGGAGGAGAGUUGCAAGGUCAGAAGCACCAGACAGUCGAGUCUCUCAAGAUUUGGAAGAGACAUUGCGGAACAUCAAAAAGAAUCUUGAUGAGGUGGGAAAAGUGUUGAAAGAAGACGUUGGAGGGGCGAUCCGCGAGCAGACUGAAGUGCUGAAGGGUGUUCUCCAUGAGUUUGUGUCAAAGUAGAGCGGGUACAAAUCACUGCUGUAUCAUUAUUGUUGAUUGUGUUAGUAAAGACUGUACGAACCUGCCUUUCUCUUUGUCCAACUUGUCUCCCAUAGUCUUGGACAGUUUCUUGAACUCGUGUUUGGACUUGGCGUUAUCGACACCUCAGUUACAGUUUGAGUCGUCC